GAUUUAUGUGUGCGUGUUCUUUUCUCUCUUGUAAAAAUUUUUUAACGCCUACCGGGAGGUCCAUUAUCUCCAGUUUAAAUAAAAUAAAUAUUUAUAUAAAAAACAUCACAAUUAAAUAAAUAAAUAGUUAAUAUUUAUAAUUAUCCAAUUGGUAUUAUUAUUAAACAAUUAUUUUUAUAAUUUUAUCAGUGUGUGUGAAUAAGUGAAAUUGAAAAUUAUAUUUUCACUUUGUCGGCGUCGUGUGAUUGUGUCAAUUUUUUUUCUCUUACAAAUUAAAAAAGAGCCAAAAAAAAAAAAAAGAAAAAAAAAGCCAAGCUACCGUAACACCAGGUGGAUCAAUUAAAACAUUAUUAAAUUUAAACAAAUAAAUUAAUAUUCAACUGUUGUUUUGGAAUUUGAUGAUUAAUAACAAUGAGUGAUUAUUCAGCGGUUGCUCCGCCACCAAAUUUCAGUCAAAGUGUGGCUUUUGCUGCUGCUUUACAGCGUGCUAAACAGAUUGCAGCUAAGAUUAAUCCAACAAAUGCAUCGAAUCCAGAUAUUAAAUUAAAACGUUCACUUGAAGAUAGCCAAGAACCUGAUACUAAAAAAUUGGCUGUUGAUCCAUUAUUGGGACUACGACAAUCAGGGCUUGGUGAUUCACAUGGUGGACGAGGAUUGAGUCAGUCUUCUUCACCACCACAACUUGGUGGAGGUGGUGGUGGUGGAGGAAGUGGAGGUAGUGGUGGUGGUGGUCUUGGUGGUAUUUGCAAUGAAGAUAUCAGGGUACCUGAUAAAAUGGUUGGACUGAUUAUUGGAAGAGGUGGUGAACAAAUAACAAGAUUGCAAAGUGAAACAGGAUGUAAAAUACAAAUGGCACCUGAAAGUGGCGGUCUACCUGAUCGUGUUUGCACUCUAACUGGCUCACGAGAAGCUGUCAAUCGAGCUAAAGAACGUGUAUUGUCAAUUGUCAACGACCGAUGCAGAGCUGAGGGUCUUGGUGAAACAGGCAUGGGUGGUGGUAGUAACAGUUCAGGAAGUAUUGGCGGUGGAAGUAUUGGAGGUGGAAGUGGACCAAUGAUGUCUUCAGGACAUGGUGGCGGUGGAGGUGGAGGAGGUGGUGGUUCUGUUGAAAUUAUGAUACCAGGACCAAAAGUUGGUUUAAUUAUUGGCAAAGGUGGUGAAACAAUUAAACAACUUCAAGAAAAAUCUGGAGCUAAAAUGAUUGUUAUUCAAGAUGGACCAUCAUUACAAGAACAAGAAAAACCACUUAGAAUAACUGGAGAUCCACAAAAAGUUGAAUAUGCUAAAAAUUUAGUUUAUGAAUUAAUUGCUGAAAAAGAAAUGCAAAUGUUUCAAAGAGGACCAAGAACAAAUAAUGAACGUUCAUCAAGUUUUUCAAGUGAUAAUGGAUUUGGUCAUGGUGGUAGUGGAGGUGGAGGUGGUGGAGGUGGUGGCUCAAGUCCUGAUGGUGUUGAGGUACUUGUACCGAGGGCAGCAGUUGGUGUUGUAAUUGGAAAAGGUGGUGAUAUGAUUAAAAAAAUACAAUCAGAAACUGGUGCACGUGUACAAUUUCAACAAGGAAGAGAAGAAGGACCAGGUGAUAGAAAAUGUUUACUCUCAGGAAAACCACAGGCUGUAGAACAAGCUCGACAAAGAAUUCAAGAGCUCAUCGAUAGUGUAAUUAGAAGAGACGAUAGAAAUCCAAUGGGUGGUGGACGUGGAGGUGGUGGUGGUGGUGGUAGUACUGGUAAUGGUAAUGGAUCACGAGGUAAUGGCUUUGGUGGAGGUGCUGGUCGUCCUAAUGAAUAUGGUGGAUGGGACAGACGUUCAUCUGGUGGUUCAAUGGAAAAUAAAAUUGAAACAACUUAUAAAGUACCAUCAACAAAAUGUGGAAUAAUUAUUGGAAAAGGUGGUGAAACAAUAAAGCAAAUAAAUCAACAGACUGGUGCUCAUUGUGAAUUAGAUAGAAAUAAUCAAGAAUUUGAAAAUGAAAAAGUAUUUUUUAUUCGUGGUUCACCAGAACAAGUUGAACAUGCAAAACGUAUAUUCAGUGAAAAAUUAGGUGGUGGUGGUGGUGGUGGUAUGGGAUCAAGUGGUGGAUCAUAUACACCAGGUGGUCAAGGUGGUCCAAUUGGUUAUAAUCCAACUUGGAAUCCAAAUUCUGGUUAUCAAUCAUGGCCAAAUACAGGACAACAAAGUGAUGCUAAUAAUACAGCUCAAUCUGUUCAAAUGAAUCCACAAACUGGUCAACCAGAUUACAGUGCACAAUGGGCAGAAUAUUAUCGUUCAAUGGGUAUGCAUAGAGAAGCAGAAAUGAUUGAACAACAAUCUAAACAAGCAAAGACUGAUCAACAACCAGCACCACCAGGUUCAGCUGGUGCUGCUGCAGCUGCUGCACAACAACAACAACAGCAACAGCAACAAGCUCAAGCACAAGCACAAGCUAGUCAACAAGGACAACAAACAGCAGCUACACAAAACGGUGGACAACCUGAUUAUAGUGCUCAAUGGGCUGAGUAUUAUAGAAGUAUUGGAAAACCAAAAGAAGCUGAAGCUAUUGAAGCUCAAAUGAAGGGUGGAAAAAUGAAUAUGCCAUCAAAUCAAAUGGCACAACCACAAAUGCAACAACAGCAACAACAACCUGGACAACCUGGUAGUAAUUCAGCAGCACCAGGUACACCAAGUCCAUUUCCUCAAGCAUAUGGUACUUAUCCAGGCAUGAAUCCUGGUGCACCUGGUUAUUAUCCAAGUGGAGGUGGUGGAGGAGGUGGAGGAAGUGGCGGUGGUGGUGGUAGUGGUGGUGGUGGCAACAGUGGCAGUGGAAAUACUCCAACUCAACAACAAUCUGGACAACAAAAUCCUGGUUUUGGUGGUGGAAUGGGCUACCAAAAUUAUCCAUAUUCACAACAAAAUUCUGACAACUAAUUUAUCAUUGGCUCAUUAAAAAAAACAACUUAAAAUAAUAUUUUUUUUCCAGAUAGCUUUCCAUUGGGAUGUUUUAAUGCCUGCUGUCGUCUUCAUAAUAAUAGUUAAUAUUAAAAUAUAUAAUAAUAAUUAUUAAUUAUUAUUGUUAUUGGAUGAAAUGGAAAAAAAAAAAUCAAGAUUUGUAACACUGAUUAGUUGUGCAGAGUUAAACACACAGUUAUUUAUAUACUACUACUAUGUCCUCCGA